CUACACGCCACUGUAAUAUCCUCUCAAUCCGAUAUAAAUGAAUACUUUACAAUAUUUUCAAGUUCAAUUGGGUCGCUAAAUCGAUAUAGUGAAUAGUGAUUUUUUUUCUAAAGCUAUAAUGGAUUUAAAAGUACUUUUUGUCGCAUGCCUAGCUUUAGUAGCCCUGAGUGUGGUUUCCGGGGCACCAAGGGCCAUGAAAAAUGAAGAUGAUUUAAAAAGAAGUGUUGUAGAAUUCCUCUCACAAGAUAAAGAAUUUUUGGGCGCCCUUGAACAUUCAGGAUUAAUAGACAAUGGACUGACAGCUCUAACCAGACAAAAAAGACAAUCAGAAGUAACAGGAAUGGAGAUUGACGAUAAUGUUGAUGAAGCACCUCAACCAGACGGAUUUUUCGAUAGAGCUGCUAAAUUUGUUGUAGAUCUUCUCCAAAGGUUCCUUAAAUGGAUCAACUCCUCCGAUAACUAAGUACCUAUUGAAUUUGUAGAGAACAAUUUUUGUAAUUAU